UGCCCUAACGACUGCAACGGGCAUGGCACGUGCGAGUGGGGGUUCUGUAUCUGCGAUGCGGGCUUCAAGGCCGUGGACUGCUCGGAGCUGAGCUGCCCACAAGCUCAGUGCUCGUUCAGCUACUCCGAUCACUGGCUGACGUGCCUCGAGUGUCACAACCAUGGUCUCUGCAACACGAGCGGGUUCUGCUUGUGCAACCAGGGAUGGGGCGGAGAGUCUUGUCAGCUCAUCAGCUGC